AUGAUAACACACUAUAAACAGCUGAAGCUAGGAUUUCCUGAGUUUAGCAGGAGGGAAAAGAGAAACAACAUUGCAGAGGAGAAGCAGCAACUAGGGAAACAAAUGGACUGGUCUCCGUCUGAUUCCUCCUACAGCUCGUCCUGUGUGAAACUCUAUCUGUGCUCUAACCCAGAGGACAGCGUUGUCGAGCGCAGAGCUCUGAGAGAGAGUGUUUUCCCCAAACUUCGAGAGCAAUGCAGAAACACACUGGGAGUGGAUGUCAGGGUGAUAGACCCAUUUGAGUCCAGUGAUCCCAGUCGUUGGCCAGAUGAAUACACCAGACAGCAGCUGAUUAAAGAAUGCAGAGAGAGCUCAGCUGGGCCAUUUUUACUGGCACUGGUAGGACAUCAGUAUGGCACAGCCGGUCUGCCCAGCCAGGUGGAGGUGUCUGAAUUCCAGCUGCUGCUGCAGGAGGGCCAGCAGGCAGGCGUCGGCACCCUGGAGCUGGAGAGAGUUUACCAGAGGGACGAGAACACCAUCCCUCCCUCCUACUGCCUCAGACCUCCACACAGAGACACCUGCUGUGCUCAGACAGAGGUUAAUGAGGAAGAGGAGAGCAAGAUGAAGGCUAAAGAUGAAGAUCUGAGGAAGGUGUUUCAGACCACUGUGAGUCUGUGUGUCCACAACGGUCUUAUGACCCCAGAGAGAGCCCACAGCUACUACCAAUCAGCCCUCGAUGCAGAUCUGCGAUUCGCUCUGGACAGCCGUCCUAAUAAUGACAUCAUCAGACGCUGCCUGGUCUACGUCCACAAGGUCAUCAAUGCAAAAGGAGAGAGAGAGAAAAGACAGCAGCAGACGCAGUCAGAGGCUGCCACCUCUGACCUAAAGACAGCACCCACUGACGGACAGUUAUUCUCAGAGCUUUGUGACAACUUCCUCCCUGGUCUGAUCACUUCCCGUCGGCUUCUAGUCUACACCUCCACCACAGAGUGUGACCAUCGCCAUGGUUACACAACAGCCAGGAGGAGAGGCUAUGCCAUGUCUCUGUGCCAGCAGGUGUACUCUGACCUCGUGGGGUUGAUUGACAGCUGGAACAUGUUAGAUGUCAGAGAGGAGUUUCAGCUUGGUGAUGCUUUGGCCCGAGAGCAGGCUGAACAGGAGGAGCUGUGUUACACCCUGUCCCGUCUCUAUGGCAUCAUUCGGCCCGAAGAGGAAGAGAUCAGAGCCUAUGUAGAACAGAGUGACCAACACUGCCCCCUAGUGGUGACAGGAGGACCAUGCACAGGGAAGACAGUUCUGCUGGCGCACUGUGCUCAACAGAUGAAGUCGUGGCUACCAGACACUGAUCCUGUGGUGAUCCCUUAUAUUUGCAACCAGCAGGUGCUUUCCCCAAAGCACCUGUUGUCCAGCCUGUGUUAUCAAAUAGCCAGGAGAUAUCACAGCGACUCCUCCCCUAAGCAGGGUCCCAUCUUCUACCUUGGCAAGGACCCGGAUGAUCUUAGCUGCAUCACUCACCCCAGAGACUACAAAUCCAACUGUAGCCCAGUAUCUGCUCUGGAUUCUCACCAUGAACCCACCACCAGAGAGAAAGUCUCUGACUCUAACCUAAACCUUUCUACCAUACAAUGCCCAAAUCCUAGAGGACCUCAUUCUGACAUCAUAAAACCUGACAUUAGUCUGUCUGAGCUUAAAGAACAUCUUUCCUCCCUCCUCUCCCUUCUGCCUUCUCCCAAACAGCCUCUAGUUCUAAUCCUUGACGGCCUCGACCAAAUCGAAAACAACUUUAUUUGCCCUCAAAUCAUUGAGAGCCUCCCCUCCCCCCUUCCUCUUGGUGCCAAACUAAUCCUCACAGUCUCCUCCAGCGGAGCAGACAUCCUGCAGUCCAUCAAACUACAAUACCCACAAUGCAGUCCGCCUCGCUGUGUACCAAAGGGCAGUGAGAAGGAGUCAGGAUAUGUUUGUGUACAGUUGGGAUUGGUGGACAGGAAAGCGUGUGUGAAGAUGUUGGCGUCGCUGCUGAUCAGUUCAGGAAGGAGGGUGACAUCAGGACAACAGGCUCUGGUGAACCAGGCGCUGACUUCCUGUUGUCUGACUCUCUAUGCUCAACUACUGCAUGUGCAUACCUCGCUCUGGUACUCUGAUUCAGAUGUGACUGAGUCAUCUCUUCCCGAUGGCAUCCAUGCGUCCAUAUCUGCUCUCCUGAAUCACCUCGAACAGAAACAUGGCUCCUCUAUUGUGGCUCGUGCCGUGUCCUACCUCACCCUCUCCAGGACUGGGCUCACUGAGGUUGAGCUCAACGAUCUCCUGUCCAGCGAUGAUGAGGUGCUCUCUGAGUAUAUUCAGCAGAAUGAGAGCCCCUCCUCCACUAUGAGGGUGCCACAAAUUGACGUGGAGAGACUUCUUUUGGAUUUGAGGAGGUUUCUCAUCAGGAGGACAUUUGUAAGGUCACGUGUUUUGUUCUGGGUCAGCAGGCAUUUCAAGCUGGUGGUAGCUAAGAGGUAUUUAGGCACUAAUGAGGCGAGGAGGGAGAUUCAUUCGGAGAUGGCGGAUUAUUUCAGUGGCCAGUGGGCUUGUGGGAAUGCUAAACCACUUCUUGUUAACCAGGAACCAGGUCCAAACAAGGACACUGUCCAAACGAAAAUAUACAUAGACAGGCAGCCAUCCAGCCAGCCAUUUGUCUUCACUUCUUUGUCCAAAGAUGCUGGUCAGGUGAAUUUGAGGAAAGUCGUAGAAUUGCCGUAUCACUUGCAACAAAGUGGCAGGUGGGAGGAGUUGGAGCACGGGUUGUUAAUGUCAUUGAGGUUUCACCAGGCUAUGGUUCGAGCUGGUCUUCUAGGAGAUCUGGUUACCAUGUUGGAGAGUGACCAAGGGUCAUCACAGUUUCAGUUUUUAAGAGAAAGACAACUCCUAGCAAGCUUGUUGAAGUCUUCUGCUUGCUUACUGCAGCACACACCUCUGCAGCUGUCCAAGGUGAUGGAGUCAAGCCUCCUCCCUUAUCUGGAGGUCUUUCCUGUGCUCGAAGGUUAUGUCAGAGAGAUCAGACAGGAGAGGAGGAAAAGAGGAAGUGGAUUAGGAGUCGCUCUUUGUCCUGCUCCUUCCUCUGUUCCCCCCAUUCAGUGUUUAAAGUGCGAUGCCAAAACCAAGGACGUCUCUGUGCUAGAAGCAGCAGACACAGACUGUGGGAUUGUAGCAGAGAUCAUGGACGAUGGCUCUGUUUGGAUUUGGAAGGGAUCUGGAUGUGAUGUAGUUAAAGUGUCACUGACCUGUGAGCAGAAGGAGCUGAAGUUUGCAGGAGUGAAGAGUAGCGCUCGAUUCAUGCUCCUUUCCACGCAGUGCAACAAGCUUUUCUUAUGGGAUGUGACAGGCCCAGAGAUGUUACUAGAGCUUAAAGACCCUAUGAAAACAGAGUUUGAACAAAAGUCAAGCCAAAAAACACUAAAUGAAAUUAUGGGGUUUGUUGGACGUCAGAAAAAGCUGUUUAUGUGGUGGAAAGAUGAGAGUUUUGUGAGUGUGUUUAACAUCUCCAGUGAGACCUUCACUCAUUUCCAGUGUCAGAGCUCCGUGACCUUUUUGGUUUGCUCCUCUAAUGGAUUUUACAUGUACUGUGGGCAGGAGAAAGGCACAGUGUCCAUAUUUGACACAGACUCCAGCAGACUGCUUGGCAGCUGCACAAACUCAAACCACAAUGCAGUUACAUCAAUAAUCCUCUGUGAAGAUAAGAGAGAAAUGGCAUGUGUUGACAGGACUGGGAAUGUAACUGUAUGGGAUGUUGCAAUCAAAACACAACCACCUAGACUUGUAAAGGAAAGAUUUACUGGGGGUAAAUCUGAUAACAUCCUCAAUACAGAUUACUCAAAAGAAACUGAAAUGUUAUUGGUGUGUCAGUCUCAUCAGGUUAUGCUGUGGGAUACAUGUGAGUGGGAGAUCUGGGACCAGUUCUUGGCACCUAAAGGGAGGGCCUUCAGCCAGGCUGUGCUCUCCCAGGAUGGCCACCUUUUCCUGGCUUUGCUAGACACAUAUGCACUUGUCUUGGUGUGGAGGGUCAGCACAGGGGAGUGCGUCCUCUCCUUAGAAGCAAACAAGCAGCCUCAUACACUCCUCAAAAUGGCCUCAGAUGUAAUUUGUGUUGCUCGUGACGGCUGCCUGACAGUGUGGGACUCUGAGAUGAUAGGCGCUGCAGGUACAGCUCCGAAAACAGGGUGUGGAGUGAAGGAUGUGGUGGUCGAACAAACAGGGAAGUGGUUCUACACCUCAGACGGGUCAGAGAAAGUGUGGAGAUGGAGUUUGGAAACAGGCUUUCCACAUGCUAACUUCCUACAUGAUGGUCCUGUGGAAAAACUGUGCCUUUCUCCAGAUAACAUCCAUCUUGUGACACUCUCAGCAGGGGAAGUUUACGUUUGGCAGAUGGAAACAGGUCAGAACAUCUUGCGUAUCAGUGGCACCAGAGCUACAGAUAUCCUAAUCACCCCUAAUAGUAACUUUGGGGUGAGUAUAUCCAAGCGAGGGUUGUCUCAGGUGUGGAAGCUGGCACAUGGGAGUAUUGUGUGCAGCAUACACCUGUACCUAUCCAAUGCCACGGUGUCUCCUGAGAGCACCUUCCUAAUUGGCUGUCGCCAUGGUGACCUGAUAGCUGCCAGUCUGUGGUCAGGCUCCAUCAGCAAGCGUUUCUCCUGUGUCGAAAGCUCUGAGCACGUUGUUGCUUUCCACACUCUGUCAGAGCACCCAGACUUUGUGGUGGUGAUGGUAGCCUCAGGGGCAGUCUACACUUGGAAGGUAGCAGAGGAGACUGUGUGCAGGCACUUUCAGCUGCCGUAUACGUUCCAAUGUCAGCCGCAAGACUUCCAAAUGUCCUCAAAUGGGAACUACGCACUGCUGUCCACUGAUAAUGACACCAUCAACCUCUUGGACCUGUCUCAGGUCAGGCUGUGCUCAUUCAAAGCCGAGGGCCCUGUCAUUAAAGCCUGCUUGGACAAAACUGGAUGUUUUGCUGCCUACAUCAGCCUGGAGAAAACCUGUGCCUGUGACCCGCUUGCGAGGCCCGUCCUCACAGUCGGUCGACUAAUGGACGGGGAAAGAGUAGGGAGUGUGCGUCUAUCUAAGAAUCCAUUGACUUUGGUUGUGUGUAAGCAGCAGUGUGUGUUUGUGGGUUUUGAGGACGGGUCCGUCGGUGUGUAUUCUUUUUCAGAUGCCAUGCUCAACAGGAAGGAGUUGGUCAGGUGCAGAAAAAAUUUGAUUGAUGAGUUGAGGCAAUGCCCCUUUGACAGAGCUCCAUUCAGCUGGUUACCCCUAGCAACCCCCAAUAUUACAUGGCCUUAAGUGUAUUAUAUACUGUUCAACAGGGAUUUUGUUUUUAAAAUGUAUAGCUAGAGAUGAUACAUUUGACAGAACAAUGUGAAAAGCAACAGAUGUGAUAGACA